CCCUUUCUUACGGAAAAUCCAUUUCUAAAGAAUGAUUGGUUACUUAACGGGGAAAAACCUACAUUAGCAUCAAGGUUAUAUUGGGAUAUACAAUUGAGAUAAGAAAUAUUCACGUUCGGUGAGUACGUGAGUAUUUAAAGAGGUGUACCGAACUGUUAAAUCUUCUGUUAUUUUUGUAAACUUUUUUAUAUAGUUAUGUAUUGUCCAAUAUAAACAUCGUCAUAUUUAUAAAUAUUAUAUUUGAAGUAGUGAAUAAUUAUUUAGUUGUGUGAUAAUUUUUUAAUAACACAUAAUGCCUGAAGUUUACGAGAAUUACGCAGUUCCAAUUUCUGAAAAUCUGGAUUUUUAUUCUUAUGAAUGUGAUUUACAAGCAAUGAACAAUCAAGGUGUUUAUAGUCCACUUAGUGGAUCUCAAGCGACAGCGAGCGUCAAUUCACCUAUGUCUACUACAUUGUCACCAUUACAGGGCAAUGAAUUUUUAACAUUAAAUGAUACAACAGUUAUUGGAGAGCCAUCUAUAACAAUCUUGGAACAACCUAUAGAAAAAUUUAGAUUUCGAUACAAAUCAGAAAUGGUAGGAACACAUGGAAGUUUAGUGGGAUCAAAUAGUGCUAUUAAUCGUCACAAGAAUGCACCAACAGUACAAUUAAAUAAUUUCCUGGAGUCUGCAAUAAUACGGUGUACACUUGUUACAUCUGACGAAGGAAGUCCCAGAAUUCCUCAUGCUCAUAGAUUAAUUCGUAGAGAUGGUGGUCACGAUUAUGAUGAUCCACAUCAUAUCACAGUAUCUUCUGAAAUUGGAUAUACUGCAAUAUUCCAUGGAAUGGCAAUUAUACACACAGGAAAAAGGCAUAUUAGAGAUGAACUUAUAAAAAAGAUGCAAGCUGAAGCUUUAGAGAAAAAGAAACUUGAAAAUAUGAAGGCAAUUCUUACUACUAGAGAGGAAGCACAAAUUAAAGUCAAUGCUGAAAAUUAUCAAAAAUGUAUGAAUUUGAAUAGUGUUGCACUGUGCUUUCAAGCAUUCAUCUUAGAUGAUCAUGGAAUUAUGAGGCCGAUAACAGAACCUGUAUAUUCACAUGCUAUUAAUAAUCUUAAGAGUGCAUUAACUGGAGAACUUAAAAUAUGCAGAAUUGAUAAACACACUAGUAGUGUUGAGGGAGCAGAAGAAGUAUUCAUACUGGUAGAAAAAGUAGGAAAAAAAAAUAUUAAAAUAAAAUUUUUUGAAUUAAAUGAGGAUGAUUGUGAAAUUUGGAGUGCAUAUGGACGUUUUUCAGAAUUGGAUGUGCAUCAUCAAUAUGCUAUUGUAUUUCGAACACCACCAUAUAAAGAUCAAAAUAUCACAACGACAAAAGAAGUUUUCAUUCAGUUAGAACGGCCAUCUGAUGGAGGUUGUUCUGAACCAAAGAAAUUUUAUUACAAACCAAGUGAUAGAAUUAUAGGUAGGAAACGUCAACGAAUAUCUCAUUCUGGAAGUUCGGAAUUAUCACAUAUACUAUCAAGUCCCAAUUGUAUUGGAAAUGAAAAUACAUCAGAACUCUUAAGUAAUAGCAGUCGAGAAUUAUCUAAAGAAAUAAUAAAAUUAUUAUCUGAAGGUCCCCCAACACCAGUGUGCAAAGAUUUUCUGAAAGAUAUAGAUGUUGACAAUUAUUUAAAAUUCCUUGUUAAUGGUGAAGAGGACAUGUUAACCACUGAUGGCCUAUCAACUGUACAACGUCAGGAUGAUGUAAUGUUCGCUAAAAAUAUACUUAUUGAAAUUAUGCAAUGUAUGAAAAUGGAUGUAAAAAAUGUAAAAGAACAUGUCCAAAAACUACUCAGAGAUCGAUCAACAUAUGGGGAUUCGCCGUUACAUGCAGCACUUCGAUAUGGACAACGUGAUAUUAUUAAAUACCUGUUAAUGUUAUUAUGUACUAAUAAGGAUUGUAAAACGCUGGUUAAUAGCCAAAAUAGUUCUGGAAAAACCCCAUUGCAUUAUGCAGUUUUACAAAACCAACCUGAAAUUGCAAAAGCAUUACUUAUACUUGGAGCUGAUCCAAAUCGAACAGAUGAGCAUGGAUUCUCUCCACUACAUGCAGCAGUAAAAAUCCCCGACGCUGGGUUGUGUGUUGAUGUAUUACUAGUUGAAAAAGGAAUAGACAUUGAAGCACACAAUGAUGCUGGAUGGACGCCAUUACAUCUUGCAGCUGAAGCAGGGUCAUACGAUGCAGUAUGUUCACUUAUUCGUGCUGGAGCAAAUGUAAAUAAUACUGAUAUGUCUUAUGGUCGAACAGCAUUACAUAUAGCUGUUGAAGGUGGACAUAAAAAUGUAGUUGAAUAUUUACUCAAAAAGACAAAUAUACUUGUGAAUAAAAGAAACUUUAGUGGAAAUACUGCUUUGCAUACUGCAGUUGUACAUACAGGAACACGAGCAAAAGAACUGUGUGCAUUACUAAUACAACAUGGUGCAGAUCCGCAUAUUCAAAAUCAUAAUCGGAAGUCAGAUGAUGUGGACGAAAAGAACGAAUCACACAUUAAUGUGAAAGUCGAAGUAGAUUCAGAAGACGAAAAUAUAGAAGGAACUAUUGGGCAGUCAUCAUUUGAUUUAGCUAUGAAUAAACCAGACAUUUUACAGCUUUUUAAUGAUCAACCUGGGGAAACCACAAGCGAAAUGUGUUCAGUUGCUACAAAGUUAGAAUUAAAAGAUGAAAAUUUACAAACAAGUUGGUUAAAUGAUGAACACAAAAAAGAAUUAUCUACCCUUUUAGACAAAACACAAGGAUGGCAAAAACUUGCUAAACAUUUAGGUGUUGAAUACUUACUACAACCAUUUCAAUAUAGUUCAACAAGUCCAUCAUUGAUUCUUUUAAAUUACAUUGACGUAGAGGCAUCCCUAUCGCUCACAGAUAUACAAACAGUGUUAAGAGAAAUUGAAGAGGAAGAAGCAGCAGAUUACAUAAAUGGAAUUUCAUCUACAUGUUCAUAAAAUAUCCACUUGUUCCAAAAAAAUAUUUACAUAAUAAAAUGUACAUAUACUAAUUGUACAUCACUAUUAUGUACUUUUUAAUUUUAUAACAGUUACAUUUAUUAAAAUGUGAUAAAAAUAUUUACUAUACAUGUAUAUGUAUAUAUAUAUAAAAGAAUGUUAAGUAUUUGAAGAUUUAAUUAUAUUUUACACUACCAGUUUAGACAUAUAAAAAUACUAUGUAUAUCGAAUUUUUGUAUUAAAAUAAUUUAUUUUACAAGUAUGCUAAAUGUAA